AUGGCUACCGCUGCAGUACUAAGUCUCUUAGACGAACAAACCCGACAGGUAGCGUUUGGUGGCAGCCUGGCGAAAGUAAAAGCUGCAUCAGGAAUCGACAUUGGCGCACUCGACAUCUGCGUGCGACUCUUGCCCAGCGAAAUCGCCGAUGGAGAGAGUGGAAAUACUCCACAACAUGAGGAAUUAUGGAAUACCGUGUUGGGCCGUCUAAUCGACCAAAGGUCACCCGAGAGCCUCUACGAGAUUGCCGAGAUAUGCUACACUCACGACUCGCAUGCCGCAUCUCUUCUCAAUUCCAAAAUCAAGCAAAGCCUUUUCACCCUAGCCACGGACCUAUCGGCUGAACAAGCACAUGUGGAAAGCGUCGAAACUGCAAGAGCCUAUCUCGAAUUUCUGAAAUGCUCCUUUUGGGUACCGGCCGCGUCUUCGUACAUGGUCGACUCGCAAUCUCUCACUCUCCUUUCGAGCUUUGUCGGCGUCGAAGGGCUAGAUGAUACUGCACAUGAUACGCUGUCCGCUUUCUUUUCAUUGCUGAAAAGCAAGAGAGAGAACUCACCCACCAAUCUCGAUGCAGUCGUUGAUCAAUCAAUAUGGAACCGUCUUGACGCACUCGACAUGGCAUGUUUCGCCGCUCGGUCUAGCAAGAUAUACAGGACCUGGUUCCAAUGGAUAUCGCUCGCCGCUUCCGCUGGGCUCAAAUUCACAUGUGUGGGCAACGAAGAAUACUGGAGAAAGCUCAGGUUAGGUCUUGUCAAAGGCCAUGCGGAUCAACGCAAAUACUGCCUCGGUAUCAUCCGCCAGUCUUUUCUUGCCACUUCUGACCAUAUCGAUACACCUACGAUGAGAUACGAUGCUAGUGGCAAGGACCGGGAGCAGUACGAUCUAUAUACGACCCUAUUCGAGACCAUCGUGCUUCAUCGAUAUUCUGGCCAGGUCGAGGACUGCCUGAAAUCUAUGACGACGCUUCUUGGCUCUUCUUCAGCAACAAAUCCUUCCCGAAUUACUCCCGCCAUGACGACAACUCUACUCACCGCAGCCUUGAACCCGCUGAUACAGGAGAGCGUUAGGAAGAUGAUCGGCCGCUGGUAUAUGGACUUUGUUAUCGAAGUAAGUUACUUGUCUUUCAUCGUCAUAGACGAUAUCGUUAUCAUCGUUAUUGUACCAUCUACGCAACAAGACAAUAACGCACUUGCUGCAGUCGUCUCUCGCUUUGUAUCCGAUACAGAAGAAAGCCCAUCUUUUAUCCCUUCGGUCGACUUUGCCGUCUCCGAAGUUGGAGUAGACAACCGGAAUGGCCGUGCAAUCGUGCUUGGUAUAGUUCGUUACGUUCUGAACGCCGGCGGGAGAAUGUUCCAACCAGCAAUAUUGUACCUGAUGCAUGGCCUCGUCAAAGGCCUGGAGACGCGAUACGCGCGAGGGCCACCGCAUCACAAGCUGGAGAUGUCGGAAAUUACCGAGAUCCUCAGCUUGUCACGCUUGCCUGGGUUGCCUGAGGUAGCAAGCGACUUACACAGCAUUCACUGUCAAAGGCUCUGCGAUCUUCUUGAUCCUGAUCUACAGUCGAAAGCCGUACCAACUAGCGAAGUCCUGAGAGCCAAAUGCCAAAAGUUGGAAGAUCCAGUGGAUCAGUCGGCGCUUCGAUCGACCUUUGGCACCAGAGAUGGCGGGCUACCCACUCUUCGGUCUUUCAUCAAAGACCUCCGCGAAUCGAAGCAUAGCUGUAUACAAGGUUCAGCCUUCGCGCCCGCUUGUAAGAGCGUGAUCGAGCUCCUAGAUCGUACUGAACCAGCCGACAUCAACCCAGACGACUUGCACACCGUGUUGGCAGCGUUGUGGGAAGAGGCUGAGAUUCGCGACUUCAUCAGACCAUUUGCUAUACAACUACCUUCCCUACUAUUCCAUCCGACAUGCAUAAUUGUCAGUGUUGAGGAGGGGUUGAAUCACUUCCCUAAUUGGUGCGACAUCAAUACUCUGCUCUCGGUAGCCAUGAAACGCCUUAUGAAGCUGUCCAAGGGACGGUCCUACAUUCUUGCAGUACUUGCUCGAUCGCUACGCAAAGCUGUGUUUGCACACCCAAGUGCGAUCAGAUCAACGCGGGGAGGCCUUCCCUUCGACGACUACAUUCUUGAUUUCAUCAAUAAUCCAGCAUCCAUCGGAACAGAGUUUUUGUUUGAGGUUGUCGCUGCCGACAAGCUUCAGCAAUACCUGCCGCAUCGAACAUAUGCAUCCUACUACGGUAUGCGAGAAUGGCAUGCAUACGCAGCUGUCAUAGAUAUCCUACACCGUAUCCCGAAUGACCCAUAUAGCUCAUACCCAGAGACUGCUCAGAAUAUACUGGAUGAGUUGGAAUUACCCUGGGGGGAUCAGAAACCACCAGUCGCAGUCAAAUGUCCAUGGAAGAACACUUUUCAACUGCAGGCAAUGCUAUUGAUGAGUCACUACUGUGCGACUGACAUAGGGGUGGAGAGUCAUCUCGAUUAUUUCACUCGUGCCUUAGUGGUAGAAUCAUGGCCACGAUACCGCUACCUGCUCGAAUGGGCCAUAGCUCGCAUUUACCGUCGGUUCCCGGAAUUUUCUACGCGUCUCUUGAUAGAGCUAGGAAAUCUGGAAGAGUAUAGCCCGAUUCAUAUCGCCAGUCUGAUCAAGAUUGGUCUUCUAGUCGCGCCAUACGAAACCCAAGACUUUGCAGUAGAGUUGAUCACACACCUGAACUCCUACUCUGCCAGCCCCAAAGUCCAGAUCCGCCACGAAGCAAACUUUGCGUUUCCCAUCGUGUUUGACAUAGCUGUUGAGAAGGGUUGGAGGAGGAUUACCGAGAAUCCCGCUUUCAAAGGCAUGGACGCUUUCAUCCGCCGGCUGGACAAGUUCAACGCUUCUCCCUGGACAAUAAGGACUCUAAAGGUCGAUAUCGAACAGGACUUUACCCUUACAGGCAUCUUUCAAGGCCGAUACCUGUCGAUCGAGACACCGGAACCAGAGCUCGUCACACAUGAAGACUUCGAGGCUCUCGAGCGUGAUGAUCAGUCUGAUGGUUUCAACCCACCACCUGCACGCAUAGCACUUGGGAACAAGAUCAACCCCAGCUUUGACGUCGUUACACCAGCUACAACUGCCCCGGUACCCACCACCACCACUACCGCAGAACCGACGGGCCAAAUCACCCUCCAAACCAAAGCCGGCAUUGACCUUGACAACCUUCACCCACCUGGCGGCCCACCCAGCAUGCAAAAUGCCCGUCCCGCAUCCGUCAUGCUCGUCGCCUCUCUCAUUGACAAUCCCACCAACCUCGGUGGUCUCUCCCGCAUAUCCGAAUCUUUCGGUCUCGAAGCCCUCUACAUCGAUGACCUUAAGAAAGUCGCGCACAAAGACUUCAAGGCUACGAGUGUGCGAUCGGAGAAACAUCUUGCUAUCAAUGAGCUGAAGGAGGUCGGCGUACCGGCGUUCUUACUAGAUGCAAAGAGUAAAGGGUAUGAGGUUGUGGGCAUUGAGCAGACGGAUCGGAGUGGCAUAUUGGGGACUGAGGAUGGUAAGAAUGAUGUUGUGGACGGAGAGAAGAUUGUGAGGGAGGCUAGAAGCCAGGAUAUUGGUACACUACCCAAGAAGUGCUGUCUUGUGCUAGGUAGUGAGAAAGAAGGUAUUUCCGCGGAGGUGCUGGCUGUCAUCGAUCGCAAUGUCGAGAUCAAGACUGUGGGAGUUACCAGAAGUUUGAACGUUCAAACCGCAGGUGGUAUCGCACUUUACGAAUGGUGGAGAGAAUGGGGCGGCAGCAAAGCUUAA